ACCGUUGUUGUUGACAGCUCAGCUGGUGAACAGGGGAGGCCCCAAGUUGUAUGUCUCCAAAGACCAUCUCCAAGAACUUAUAAAAAUGGACCUCUCGGUUUCUUGUAUCUCCAACUUUCUUGGUGUAUCCCACAAAAYAGUCUGCCGGAGAAUGGAAGAGUGGGGCCUCUCAAUAAGAGCCGCAUACAGCUCACUGUCAAAUGAUGAGCUUGACAAUUUAGUUUUGGCAAUAAAACAGGAUUCAAAAGAUCUGGGCUACAGAAUGGUCAAAGGACACCAUAGGGUGCAGUGGAACAGAGUGUGGGACUCCAUGCSUCGUGUGGACAGUGCUGGAAUCCUGGAAAGGAUGGCAAAUCUUGGCUGUGUAGUUCGACGGACAUACAGUGUUCCCAGUCCUCUGUCACUCCUUCACAUUGACACCAACCACAAGUUAAUUAGGAUUGAGCGACUAUGGCGCGACGUUUGGAAUGCUGUCACCAACAUAUACUACGAUGUUCUUCACAGGCUUGAGGGGGACAGACUCUUGGAUCCCACAAGCAGUACCGACCUUUCCUGUGCACAUUAUGUGUUUUUGCCACAAAUUCAAGCAGAUUUUGAUAUGUUUACCGAAGGAUGGAACAACCAUUCACUCAGGACAGAACAUAACAAUACCCCUAACCAACUGUGGGAGAUUGGGAAGACCCAAAGUCCAGUAAACCCCCCUGAAAAUGUUGAUGCUGAGAAUGAAGCGGUGGACAGCACAGACAUGGAACAAACUGGCGUACACCUUCCAGAACUUCAGUCUCCACUUGACAGUGAGGAUUUGGAAAGAUUGAGCCACCUUUUUCAAUCCCAUGGAACUCUCCAUGUCCUAUGGUGCUGACAUUUACAUUUCCCUUGUCCAGUAUGCGGAAGGCAUUGUUGAAUCCAGACAGGAUGUCUAGAAUAGCCUAGAGCAGGGCUGUUCAACUGGCAGCCUGUUGACCACAUCCCGCCCACGAGUGGACCAAGUGGUUCAUUUAUCUCUUAAGCCCAAAACCCGUGGUUUUCUACUUUAAUUCCUAUAAGUUCUUUAAAGUAGAAAACCAAGGGUUUGGGCUUAAGAGAUAAAUUCCUAUAAGUUCUUUUGGUUAGACAUAGACAUGUUUGGUAUCUACAGAAACAUCAGAAUCUUGGCUACAAGCUGGUAAAAACCCUUUUUAU